AGCCUAGAAGUUUGUCCUUGCCGACUUGAGGACAAAAUGCCCAAGCUACCAGUCAAAUUUUUAGGCCAAACAAUUUAAGGUGUUCAUAUAGGGGAAAAGACAAUCAUAUCUGUCUUAAUAAAACCACCACAUCUUCCUCCAUUUCUCUGCAAAAUCAAAGCAUCAAUCAUGACACCAAGAGACAUGUUUGCUCAUCUAGGAUCCAUAAUUGCCAGUUUGAUGUUUGUCUGGGCUGUUUUUCAGCAAUACUUCCCGUAUCAGCUUCGAAACUACGUCGAGAAAUACUCUCAGAGAUUGAUGACUUUUGUGUACCCUUAUGUUCAAAUUACCUUCAAUGAGUUUACCGGGGAGCGUCUGAUGCGUAGUGAAGCCUACACGGCCAUUGAAAACUACCUCACCUCCACUUCCUCCAUGCAAGCAAAGCGGCUCAAGGCUGAUAUUGGGCGGAACAACCAGUCUCUUGUGCUCAGCAUGGAUGAUCACGAAGAAGUUGCGGAUGAAUUUCAAGGAAUCAAACUCUGGUGGGCUUCCGGUAAGCAUAUUUCCAAGACACAGUCAUUUUCUUUCUACCCUGUUACAGAUGAGAAGCGGUAUUACAAGCUCACUUUCCACAAACGUCACCGGGAUCUCAUCAUCGGAGCUUACCUGAAACAUGUGGUGAAAGAGGGUAAGGCCAUCAGGGUGAGGAACAGACAGAGGAACCUGUACACAAACAACGGAUCCAGGUGGAGCCAUGUGGUGUUUGAGCAUCCAGCAACGUUUGAUACUCUGGCUAUGGAGCAGGAGAAGAAGAGUGAAAUUGUGGAGGACUUGAUUACAUUCAGUAAGGCUGAAGAGUUCUAUGCAAGAAUAGGAAGAGCAUGGAAAAGGGGUUAUCUCCUUUAUGGACCUCCAGGGACAGGGAAAUCGACAAUGAUCGCCGCCAUGGCCAAUCUUCUAAGCUAUGAUAUAUAUGAUCUUGAACUGACUGCUGUGAAGGACAACACUGAAUUGAGGAAGCUCUUGAUAGAAACAUCUAGCAAAUCUGUUAUUGUGAUCGAGGAUAUUGAUUGUUCCCUUGAUCUCACCGGACAGAGGAGGAAGAAAACAGAGAAAGAAGAAGUACAAGAAGAAACCAAGGAUCCGAAGCAGCGACCUCCCAAAGAUGAAAGAGAGAAUAUAAUCAGUCAGGUUACUCUUUCAGGGCUACUGAACUUCAUCGACGGGCUAUGGUCAGCUUGUGGGGGAGAAAGAAUCAUUAUUCUGGAUUAGAAAUGUAGAAUAUGCAGGAGUAGACAACCAUGAUUUUCUCCUCUUUUAUAAAAGCAAAUUAUUUUUCCGUUUUUAGGUUGAGCCUAUUGUUUUUAUAUUGGUCUAGAAGUGAAUCCAUUUUAGGCUGAAAAACUGCUUCACAAUAAAUCUAAAACAUUGGC